AUGGCUAAGGUACUGAGCUCUUCUCCCAUGAUCUUAUAUAGCACCAAAUCAGUCUCCAAUUUCCCACAAGCGAGAAAUGCCCAUAGUACUUCCUUUGUUCAUAAAAAAAGAACCUGCUGUGUUUUGAAUUCUGGGUCACAAUUCUUGCACGUUCCUUUGGUUGAAAGGAGAUUAGUUUCUUCAAGGCAAAGAGGCUUAAAUGCUAAAAGGUUGGAGUCAGGAGAGGAAGAUAACCAAGCUCUGGAAGCAGUCCUCAAGCUUUACACUGCAAUCAAAAACAAAAAUAUCCAUGAAUUAUCCAAUAUCAUUGGUGACGAAUGCCGCUGUGUUUGCAAUUUCUUCUCCUUUUUUCAAUCUUUCAAUGGAAAACAGCAAGUGUUGGACUUUUUCAAGUAUGUGAUAAGAAUCUUGGGAAAUAAUAUUGAGUUUGUGGUGCAACCAACAAUACAUGAUGGGAUGAAUGUUGGUGUUUCAUGGAGACUACAAUGGACCAAGACCCACAUGCCUCUCGGAAAAGGAUUUAGUUUCUAUAUUUGCCAAAUAUACCAGGGGAAGGUGUUUAUAAGGAAUGUAGAGAUGUUCAUAGAACCUCUCUUUCACAUUGAGCCCUUUAGACUGAAAAUAAUGGAAUAUGCGAUGAGCAUAGCAGAGAAGAUGAGCUACUGUAACCUGUCCAAAGAUAAGAUGAAGGCAGCCAUCCUCAUUCUAUUUUUGAUGGUCAUCAUUUUGCUCUUUCUUAAGCCAGGGUUGUAUUAG